AUGUCCCGCCGCGACCACGAACAAUACUACACCAUCGACUGGAAGUACCAGGCAAAGGACAGGUCCCUACCCUCUUGGCCCGAGACACGGGAGGAUAUGCAAUCGCGGCUUGAACGUGCCCUUGCUCAUAUCCUUGAUACCUACACUGGUUCAGGGACGAGUAACAGCAAGUAUAGCGGUCAUGAUCUGUCGAUUGUGUUCGUCACCCACGCCUCGCCCGUCAAUGCAUUGCUGGAAGCAUGUCUAGAGACGCCGAUCCUAGUCCCAGUUCCCAACUGCUCCAUCUCCCGCUGUCGCUGGACCUCCAUCUCCUCCACCGACAUCACCACCAUUGGACAGGAACAUAACACAAGUGUAUUGGUCCAAUCCACGAGGACUCACACCAUUGCAGGACAGGACGGACGCUGGCUGCUGGAUUAUCAAACCCAUACCCGACAUCUUGACCGCGAUCGUCGAUGA